AUGAGCGGAAGCACUGUCUGCUAUGGGAAUGGGUGCCAUGGCAACGCGGCCAGUACUUUGGACCAAUCGCCUGUGAGGUCCUCAUCUGUUUCCCGCCUCAAACCUCUCGGAUGUGAGGCGCUGGGGUUGCCAGGGAGCAUUGGUUUCCAUGAUAACCAGCGCUCUGACUUCUGGACCAAAAGCUGUGCGUCCCUCGAUGGUCUUUCCCGCUCCUUCUCUCAGAGGGGGCGGGCAUCUGUUUUCCGAGCCUCAAACCUCUCAGGGAGGAAUGGAAGGCGCUGCGGUCGCCAGGGUGCACUGGUUUUCCAUGGGUAA